GGCGCGCCGUGCGGGUAAAAUAUUCGGGUCGGCGACAAUUGGAUUGAUUUGGAAAAUAGAACCGAAAGUUUACAGCGCACGUGCGAAAUGAGUCCACACGAGAGUCUCGUUGCGGCACAGAUCUUGGCCGAUUGUGAGAUCAGCAGCGAGUUAAAGUCUAAUUGUUAUAAUCGCAAGACGACUACUAAGGAUGCUGCCGAUAGUGGCUGGCACGAUGGCCAACAAGUGGCGAAAGCAUCAGUCUCCAACACCAAUGCAAGCGCAGCCUCGGACGCGGCACACCAAUUUCCGGCCAAUGAAGAACCCAAUAUUCUCGGCCACGGCCCCAACUAUGAUGGCGACAAGCUCUCCAAACUGAAAUGGCUCUGCAACUACGAUGAUGCACCCGAUCAUCUAAAGUUCAAUCCGUACAUACGUCGGGGCUAUCGCACAUUCCUGAGCAACAAGCUGUGUCUGCAGAGCAUUUUUUGGUGGACCAACGAAACGAUCAACAUUUGGAGUCAUCUGGCUGGCUGUAUUCUUUUUGUUGGCCUCACCAUUUUCGAUUUUCAGUUUCUGCGCACGCACGCGGAGCUCAGCGAUCAAGUCCUGGUGGUCCUGCUACUCGUCUGCUUCUGCCUCUGCAUGCUGAUGUCGGCCAUAUAUCACAUAUUCUCCUGCCGUUCCGAGGAGCACUACGAACUGUUCUUGUCUGUGGACUUUCUGGGCAUUUCCCUCUCGCUCGUGGCCAUCUAUAUAAGCGGCAUGUACUACGCCUUUUGGUGCUUCCCGUUCCUGAGAACUCUGUACUCCAUAAUUGCUCUGGGAAUGUUCGCAUUGGCCAUUGCGGUGCAAAUACCGAAGCUGAAUGUUUCUAUGAACGCCAAGGUGGCCGUAUUGCUGUUAUGGUCAGCCUAUGGUGUAAUUCCGUUAGGCCAUUGGACUAUCGCCAUGGGUGGUCUGGAGAACGAGCUCGUACGGCUGAUGGUGCCUCGCAUUGUCGGCAUGUAUCUGCUCUGUCUGGUAGCGUUUGUCUUCUAUGCGGCAAAGAUUCCCGAGCGCUGGUUCACCGGCAAGGUGGACUUUGUGGGUCACUCCCACAACUGGUGGCAUCUGAUCAUUGUGGCCGCCUUCUAUCACUGGCACAACACGGGCCUCGUCUACGCCGAGUAUCGACUGAAUAAUGGCUGCAGUGCAGCGCCUGUCUACGCUUGAGUUCUGCUUGAGGCCCGCAAAUUCCGACCUGGCCUAGUGUAAAUAGUUUAGGCAAUCUCGCAAAUAUUAACUAAUAUUUAGUUGUAAAUGUUGAUAAACGAUAUUAUUAAUUUAUGUAUAUAUCUAAAUAAUGA